UGGUGUCCACGCCGCCCCGGGCAGAGUCUCGGCUGUCACGUUCAUUCUCCGCUGUCCCGCAGCCCCCUCUUCCUCGUGGUCCAGGGCGUUGGGACUUGGAGCCGUCAGCUGUUCUUGAGGGGGCCUCCCCUCCCAGACCCUCAGCCUGCCUGCUCGCCAGGGUGUGCCUUUCCGAGUGAAAGCCAGGAUUCCAAGGGCCUUUCCUAUGCUGGAGACUCCACCCCUGCUGGUGGUGGCCUUCUUACUGUGCCUGUCACUGCUGGGGCUGCUGUUCUUCCUGCGACGCCGUGGCUGGCUCCUCAUCUUCUGGACCGAGUUCAUCUUGCAGCCCAUCUACAACCUGCUCAUGGGUGACAGCAAGGAGCAGCGCAUCCUGCGACACGUGCUGCAGCAUGCCGUGGCCGGGGACCCGCAGAGCGUGCUGGAGGCCAUCGACACCUACUGCUCGCAGAAGGAGUGGGCCAUGAACGUGGGCGACAAGAAAGGCCUGAUCGUGGACGCAGUGGUGCGGGAGCAGCGCCCCUCCGUGUUGCUGGAGCUGGGGGCUUACUGUGGCUACUCAGCCGUUCGGAUGGGCCGCCUGCUGGCACCCGGCGCCCGCCUGCUCACCAUCGAGCUCAAUCCUGACUACGCUGCCAUCACCCAGCAGAUGCUGGACUUCGCGGGCCUGCAGGACCGGGUAACCGUGAUCGUGGGGGCAUCCCAUGACAUCAUCCCCCAGCUGAAGAAGAAAUAUGACGUGGACACGCUGGACAUGGUCUUCCUGGACCACUGGAAGGACCGGUACCUGCCGGACACGCUCCUCCUGGAGGAGUGCGGCCUGUUACGCAAGGGGACGGUGUUGCUGGCUGACAACGUCAUCUACCCAGGAGCGCCGGAGUUUCUGGCGCACGUGCGUGGGAGCAGCCGCUUUGACUGCACACACUUCUCCUCCUUCCUGGAGUACUCCCAGGCCGUGGAUGGCCUGGAGAAGGCCGUCUACAUGGGCCCGGACAGCCCCGCACGGCCUUGACCGCCUCCCCUGCUCUGGGGCACUCGCCAAGCCUGGUCAGGAAGGUCACGAUGGGUAUGCUGCCGCCAACCCUGCUUCUGCAGCUCUGGGGUCUGUCAGUGCCACACACUGGAGG